CCAUCUGUUGACCACAUUAAAAAUUACCAAUGCAGAAGCAAUAGUUAAGCUAUUAGAUUACUAGGAAGAUAGGAAAACGAUUUGUCUUGAUGAAGAUGAGCCAGUUCUGUGGCGGACGAUGAACAUGAUGGAUAAAACCUUAUCAUUAAACCUACAAAGAGACAUUGAAAUGGCCGGUAAGCAUUCUGAACUCUGCUUAUGGUCUUUGGUCGUAUGCUUAAAGAGGAAACAUCACUACAUAGGAUCGUCCCAGCAAGCGGUUUCCCUCACCUCAAAGUGGAUUAAUGGAUUAUCUCGCUUUUCGUGUCACAAGUUGAGUAAAAGGCGCUAACCGUGACAUGGUGUUGUGAAGAGUUACUGACGAACGCAGCAACUUUCUCUGGAAAACUCCACAGGACUCGCGGGAAACAGGAUACUAACAACGGAAGUUUAUUUAACACAUCUGCAUUUAUGACAUUUCCGUUGUCACUUAGCUCAAAUAAUGCUUUAAAUAUCCGCGAGGUUGAUGACAUUUCUAUUCAAACAAAUACAACAGCGUUCAAACAAAUGAGGAAGUUUUGCGUGGGUACAUCAAGUUUUCACGGAUGUCCAUAUAUGGGAAUGUAAAGCAUGUUUUCUCACAGAAUUGUGAAUAGUUCCUAUUCACUGCCUAUUCUUCUAUAUUGACACUUUUUGUGCAUGAAAAGGAAAAAUAUCUGCAGCCCGACAUGUGAGUUCAAAUUGGACUAAUAAAAAACAUUUCUGGGCGCUUCAGAGGAGGAGCUUUCGAAGAGAAAAAGCACCACAUCUGUUUCUUGGAUCAUGGAGAACAUGCAGAGGUCUGCGUUUCUGCUUUGUGUCUUGGCAGUGGGACUUGCUUUCUGUGGAAUUUCAUCUGCCUCAGACAGAUAUGUGUCUCUGAAUGAGCACCAAAGAGACAAUGCCACAUUGUCAGAACACCUUCACCCCAAGCUAUACUUUGAUCAUACUGAGGUGCGUUUAAUGAAAAAGAGGGCCAGCACUACACAUAGACGCAUAUUCCAAGUGAUUCGAAAUGCUGUUUCUAUUAUGUUAUCUAAUGCAGCUGUUUACCAGCCUCCAUUGAACCAUGAGGAUUUCGGCAAGAAAUGGAAUGAGAUUUAUGGCAACAAUUUGCCUCCUCUUGCACUAUAUUGCCUGCUUCAACCUGAGGAUGCUGCCGCCUCUCAGUUUUUGAUUGAGUACAUGGACAGAAUGGUGGAAUAUCCAGAUUGGAUGGUGUCCAGUGCUCCAAAUGAUGAGGUUCCGAUCGCCCACUCUCUCACUGGUUUUGCCACAGCAUAUGAUUUCAUUUACCCCUUUCUUGAUACCCGGAGAAGAUUGCGAUAUCUCAAAAAAAUACGUUCUGUUACCGAGGAGCUUUUCGAGCUCUCCAAGCACAGGGGAUGGGGAAAGCAGUUUCUGCAGAACCACCAGACAACUAACAUACUAGCCAUCCUAAUUGGUGCUCUUGUGGCAGGGGAACAUAAUGAUCCCGAGACAAUGAUAUGGAAACAAAUAUCAGUAAACUACAUGGAAAAGACCAUGUUUCUCCUCAGUCACAUCGUUGAUGGCUCUCUUGAUGAAGGUGUUGCGUAUGGUAGCUACACGGCAAAAUCCAUCACUCAGUAUGUUUACUUAGCGUUGCGUCAUUUUCAGAUAGACAACAUGCAGAACAACUGGCUUAGAGCUCAUUUUAUGUUUUACUUCGCCACUCUGCUUCCUGGAUUUCAAAGAACUGUUGGCAUCGCAGACUCUAAUUACAACUGGUUCUAUGGGCCAGAGAGCCAGCUUGUGUUUCUGGAUGCAUACGUGCUCCGGAAUGGCUCAGGAAACUGGCUGGCAGAGCAAAUUAGGAAGCAUCGUCCUAAAGACGGCCCCAUGAUGCAAUCAGCAGCUCAACGCUGGGCUACUUUACAUACAGAGUACAUAUGGUAUAAUUCUGAGUUAACUCCGCAGCCUCCGUCUGACUUUAACAAAGCAGCCAUGCAUAUUUUCUCCAACUGGGGUGUGGUGACAUAUGGAGCAGGGUUAACUCGAGCUCAGGGUAAUACCUUUGUCUCAUUUAAAUCUGGAAAAUUAGGAGGACGAGCAGUCUACGAUAUAGUCCACGCUCAACCUUACUCUUGGGUAGAUGGCUGGAUGAACUUCAACCCAGGGCACGAGCACCCUGAUCAAAACUCCUUCACUUUUGCACCAAAUGGACAGGUGUUUGUCUCUGAGGCCUUGUAUGGACCUAAGUACAGCUAUCUUAAUAAUGUGCUGGUAUUUGCCCCCUCACCCACCAGUCAGUGUAAUGAGCCAUGGGAAGGACAGUUGGGGGAAUGUUCAAAGUGGCUACGAUGGGGAGAAAAGGAAGUCGGCAAUACAGCCGGGGAGGUCAUCUCUGCUGUGUCACAUCAGGACAUGUUAUUUGUGAGUGGAGAGUCUGUGUCAGCCUAUUCAUCUGCCAUGAAGCUAAAGAGUGUGUAUAGGUCACUUGUACUUCUCAACUCUCAAACGUUGCUUGUACUGGAUCACAUCGAAAAACACGAGCACUCUCCUCUCAGUUCUUUUAGUGCCUUUUUUCACAACCUAGACAUUGAUUUCAGGUACGUUCCUCACAGAUCAUUUGGGAAAUACAAUGGGGCUUUGAUGGAUGUGUGGGACGCACAUUACAAAAUGUUUUGGCUGGACGUGCAAGGAUCCAGUCCUGUUGCCAGGAUACAAGAAGCUGAACAAGCUGCCGAAUUCAAAAAGAGAUGGACACAGUUCAUAAACGUGACCUUUCGCAUGGAGAAUCCCAUCACAAGGGUGGCUUACUUGAUGCAUGGCCCUUAUGUCAAGGUCUCAGACUGCAGAUUCAUUGACAACAGUAAAAACGGAGUAAAAAUAUCAGUGACUCUUAAUGACACAGAGACUGUUGUGUCAGUUGUGACAAACUAUGCUGACAUUGAGGCCAGACAGGGCUACUUGGGAUUUGCAGGAUUUGCUAAAACAGAGGACAACCAAAGAAUAGUUCAGUUUGGCAGGGGAAUCCAAACCUUGGCAAGUCAAGUCGCAAAAGAUUUUGUGUUUGACUUCGGAUUUCUGGUUAAUAUCUCAGCAAUACUGACUUUAUGUUUUGCUUUAGCUUUUGUAAUCAAAAAACGGAAGCUUCAUGUGUCAUUCAACAUGCUGAUUCAUUGCACUCUUGUCUGUGUGCUGUUUUUGUGGGUGACUGAACUCUUGUCGGUCUUUUAUGGCUGCGAACAGCUCUUGUGUAACAAGCCAAAAGACAGCAGCAUAUAUCAUGCAUCAGACUCUAACAUCCCUGAUGUCCUCCCUGUAAUCACAAUCACAUCCAUGCCAGGCUCGGGAGCAGAGAUCCUUCAGCACCUUUUUGAUAACAGCUCAGACUUUUUAUACCUCCGGAUCCCUUCUGCCUACCUGCGGUUGCCUGUUUCUCCUUUCAGCUCCCUGCUUGAUGCUUGUGAGUGGUCCAGAGAAGAUGCGCAAAAUGGACGCUUUCGAGUAGUUCAGGGAUGGUUUCACUCCAUAAUCCACAAUGUGAAACUUCACUUACAGAAUAUUCAGUUGCACCAGAUCAAUGAUGAAGCAGGGGAUGAUGUCAAAGUGAAAAGACAAAGAAAGAGAAGAAUGUUGCUUUCAGAACGAUCAAAGACUGAAGGAGGGAAGGGUGUUACUAUAGACAUGGUAUACAUACAAGAGCUCAGGCAGCACCUGGUUAAGUACCCAAACGCAAGACCGGAGCUGAGCUUGGGCACUGGCGGCUGGUUCCUAAAGCUGCCAUAUCUUCAAGAGGUCAUAGGUCAUUCACUUCGCUCACUUCAUGUGGUCAGAGACCCCCGUGCAUGGAUUUAUCUAAUGCUGUACAACAGCAAACCAAGCCUGUACUUGCGUAAGAAUAUAAAAAGGCACAUCACCACCCUUUUUAAGCAGAACACAGAUGGUGUGGAUCAGGGCUGUGCUACACUAGAUUCACAGUUUCAUCCUUUAAAAAUGAUUCUCUCCCAGCCAGAUCCCAACCCUGUACAACUACUGGCUCAGCUAUGGCUGGCUCACAAUUCAGCAGGGCUCAAGGUGAGCUCAGGCCUCCCCACACAGACUUACCUUAUAGUCAAAUUCGAGGACAUUGUACGUUUUCCCGAAGAGACGGCAAGAACGAUACAUAACUUUCUUGGAAUACCAGUUGCACCAGCUGCAUUAAACCAGUUGACAUAUGCUACUUCCACAAAUUUGUAUAAUCUGAUAUAUGAAGGAGAUAUAUCACCAGCCAAAGUCAACAUGUGGAAAGAGAACAUGGCCGCCGAUGAGAUUCAACUCAUUGAAGAUACAUGCUGGCCUGUGAUGGAGAGGCUGGGAUAUAAAAGACACACAGUCAGUCAUUCUUUUUUAUAAAUAUUUUAAAGGUAAUGCUGAUUUAUACUGAAGUGUCUGAAUGAUUUAUUCAAAGGCUGUCUUUUUUGCAGACAGAUUAUUGCUUUCAUAACUAAUUUGUUUUGAGCUGUGAUUCCAGUAUUUUUAGGUAAUGUUUAAAGUGCUCAGCAUAUAAGUACACCCCUCACAAAAUCUAUUUUUUAAAUUAAUAUUUUUUUAAGAAGAAGCUAUGCAAUAUUACAGUGUAAAAAAGGCUGGGUUCUGCACAA